UCUUUGUAGAAACAUCAUAGGGAAGCAGCGCCUGGUUGAGAUUAGGAGCAAGAUACACCAUCUUCUAUUUUAAUAUGUUCAAUGUUUCGUUAAAAGUAAACUUUUCCUUAUGGAAUAACUUUUCAGGUGAUUCAAAAUCCGCAGUGUUAUUUUCUAAUUUCAUUUUUUAGUUUAUAUUCCCAGUUUUAUUUUCCAGCUUUAUUUUCCAGCUUACUCAGUCCAUCAAAUAAAUUCGUUUUCUGACUUAUCCCAUCUGUAGGUAAUCUCACCAUCCUCCAUACUAUUUUACCAGGGUUAUCCCGUAGCUUUCAACUUCCUGUGAUAAACACCUUCCGUCUAUAGGCUCCUCCCUCUAAAAUACACCCUUCUAUUGUUCUGCUACAAGUUGAAUAAUAAACAUUAAGACAGGAAUCAUCGGAAUAUUACUUGAACUUAUACAAAUUUUAUCGAUGGUAAAAGAGAUGACGAUAGAGUAAUCGUCAUUAAAGAAGAGUACUCAAUGACUCCAAUUAACCCCUUCUGAAACUCUUUUUUAUGUUCGGGGUCUAGCUUAAUACUUUUUUGUAAAAGGUUCAUGUAAAGUCGAAUACCGUAUCACUCAAACAUUUUUUUUAUUUUUAUUUUGUUCGGAUAAUUAAAGUUUUUUGUACUUUUCAAAUGUUAUAGGUGGAUAAUUGCCCAUCACCUCCUCUUACUCGCGACCUGGAGUGAAUGAAUCUCGUGCAUUUAACCCUAAAUACGAUUUCAGAAUGCUACCAAUCAGGGAUCAGGACAUAUAAGGUUCUUAAAUUAUGCCUGCUCUUUACCAAUUUUAGGCGCGUAAAAUCAUUAACUCAAACUUUCAUCUUAAAAUCUCUGUUUUUCGAGUAAUCGAACAGUCCAGAUUGCCUUAAGGGAAGAUAGGUUUGCACAAGAAAACAUUUUGGAAUUAAAGAUCGAGAAUUUGUGGUCGAAAAAAAUGUAAAUUCUAAAAGUUAAGAUUGCGAAUCUGUUAAAAAAUUGCAGAAUUUAAAAUGAUUUCAUAAGGCAGAUAUUUCUGUGUUUGUGUGUGGUCUAACGUGAAAACUAGCUUCACUACUUUAUUUUUUUAUUAAAAUUUCAAAUACUGUUUUUUUUUACACGGUAAUGAUAGAAUACUGAGAAUUCAAAAAAUUAAUAUAUCAGUCAUAUGGUAAUUUGAGUUUUAGACAAUCACCAAACACAUAUUAGCUACAUUACUACACUACACGCGUUCAACUGAUGUCAAAAGGUUAAACAUCUGUGGCAGAAAAAUGAAUACGAAACGAAGAGCCUGGACACAAAUAUUUUCUUUCACUAAAUCACAGACAACUACAGUUAUUGCCUACACGCCCUCAGACAUAAGAAACUUACACGUGACGGCUGUUAAAACAUUUUCAAAAAACAUUUUCACGCCCUACAUAUAUGGUGCUUGAGCAUUAAAGGGGCGUAAAAGGGGGGCAAACUGAAAUAAAUAACAUACGAAAAUCAUUUAGUGGUGAAAUAAUUAAAGUUUUCACUUUUGUCGCCUUAAAACAAAUGGCAUAAUUAGCUAUCCACUGCUGACAAAACAUUAUACCUUAGUUAUUUUUUAGUUUGUCUUUUUAUCUUUUGAAGAUUUACUUCACCUUCGGAAAACACUUUGGAAAAAUAAUUCCUUUUGAUUCUAGUAUUUUGCUAUCUCACUGCAUUUCGCUUCACUAGAAUUCUGAAGAAAUCGGGAGUUUGACGGUGUAAAAAAAAACCCGCACGGUAGGAUCACAAAAUACAAUGAAAAGAUGAACAAACAACGAAAAGUUAUCCUGUGGUGUAAUUAUAAAUUGAACUAACAACUGCACAUAAAUUAUUGAAAUGGCAAAUUUGAGAAAAGUUACGCGACAUGAUAUAGUGUUUGUAUAAAAAUAAAAAUUUUCUUUUUUAAAUUUGAUAAACAUGAUGAGGAGUCGGUUGUGGUUUUUAUUUUAAAAGUAAAUUUAUUUAAUAAGUUUUGUUUUGUUGUACUAACGAAGAAAAGAAAAAGCAAUAUUUGUUUUUUAACUUCUCUAUAUUUUAUUAUUUAAAAUAAAAAAAAGGAAGAAAAAAAUUAAUUUUGUAAAUAUAGAACUUUUUAUCAUUUUGCUUUUUAAGAAGGUGCAUUUUUAUAGUUUCUUUGCUUUGUGAAUUGAUUUUGUAUCUGUUAGACGUAUUUUGAUUUUUUUUAAGUGAUUUUUAAUUGGCAUAUUUUGUUAAAAUGUUGCAAGAAGCUAAGAUAGAAGCAGAAGAAAUUUAAGAUUAAUAUUUAAAAGAAGACGAACUAAAGUAAAAAUGUUAAAGAGUAAACCUGUAAGAGAAAACUUGUGUAUUGUACACAACUUUUCCGGACAAAAUCACCCACGGACAAAUUUAAUAACUUUUAAUCUUUUGUGUCCACCAAUUUGUAAAAUUCACUUCUGAAUAUAUUGUGGUACUGAUUUACAACUAAAUGGGGAAGUCGCGCGAAGUAUAUGUUGGAAAAACGUUCUUAUUAAUAUACUAAAAUAGCGAGUGGAUUGGAAAUUUCUUUGAACAUUAAACAAAUAUAAAUAUCCAACAAUUCGUGAGUAAAAAUAUUUGAAACAAUAAUUUCUUUUAAACUAUUCAAUAUUUUAUAUAUAUUUUUUUCUCGUUAAUAUUUCCCUCGCGCUUAUUAAUUUUAAAUGAAUACGAAUAAAAAAAAUAAUUCCCCUGCCUGCUCUUUCAACUGAAGUGAGAGGUGGACAAAACUCUACACGAAAAAACACAAAGAAAUUACUUUCUCAAGUUCGUUUUAAAAAUCAGAAGAAAAUUAAAAAUAGCAUUGAAAUAUAGAAGUACCUAUACACAAGUAUAAAUAUAACAUUUAUGAAAGCAAAUACAGAAUAAAAUUAAAUAAAUAUGCCAUUGUGUUGGCAGUUUCUAUGGUAACUAUUUAAACGAAAAAUACGCCAUCGUGACAACGCUGUAAUGUUCGGAAAGUCUUUGAAGACAUAAUUUGGUAAAAACCUUAAACAUAUUAUUCAAAGAAGUUAAACUAAACUGGAUGGUGGAAAGACUGCAAUGUCAGAAUUUAAAAAGUAAAACAUUAUGGGUAACGGGGCCAGCUCACGAGUUGGUUCAGUGAUCACGAUCGAUGGGGACCGAAUCGAAGUUGCUAGACUGAAAUUGCUAUAUCCAGAACUUCGAUCAGAGAUCAAGAAAAAGGACGAGUUAAUAUCCGAGCAGGAGAAAAAAAUAAACUCAUACGAAUUCGAACUUACUAAUUUAAAAAAAGAAAUCCGAGAAUUAAAAGAUGUUCUUGAAGCAACCGUGGUUAAACCUAAAAAAUAUGAUUCAAUUCCAGAAGGCAAAGAACUGGAUGUUAACUCGAACGUGACCGCUUUAACUCGAACGGAUUCAUUGCGCAAAUUUAAAGAAGUUAUCACUAAAGUGCGAAACAAGCGAUAUGCUGUCUCUGCAGAAAGUGGAAAAAACUCGGAAACCUUAAAUACAGACUUCAAAAAAAUUCCGAAGAGUUCUGAAUCUAGAAAACUUAUCGGUGACGCAAUUUUGAAAAACAAUUUCCUAAAACACCUGGAAGAAGCGCAAGUGAGAGAAAUUGUUCUGUGCAUGGAUUUGAAAACAUUUAAACAAGGUGAUGACGUCAUCAAGGAAGGGGAUUCCGGAAGUGCUUUAUUUGUCCUUAACAAGGGUUCGUUACAAGUUCGUCAAGGUGACAAAGUUUUGGGCAAACCCUUAGGCCCUGGAAUGCUGUUUGGAGAAUUGGCAAUUUUGUACAACUGCACAAGGACAGCCUCGGUAAGGGCGUUGGAAGAUGUUGAAGUUUGGUCAAUCGAGAGAACAAUAUUUCAAGCUGUUAUGAAAAGAACUGGUACAAUGAGGCGAGACGAACAUUUCUUAUUCUUGAGAAGUGUCGGUGUAUUUUCUGGUUUCAGUAAAGACAAACUCUAUAAAAUUGGUGAAGUUGUAACUGAAGAAGUUUUUCAAGAGGAUGAAUACAUCAUCCGAGAAGGAGAGCGUGGUGACUCCUUCUUCAUUAUAAUGGGAGGAUCUGUGAAAGUUUUGCAACUGGUCGAAGGUAAGGACAAACCUCAAGAAAUACGUGAAUUAAAUUCAGGUGACUAUUUUGGAGAAAAAGCUUUAUUCAGUGAAGAUCUUAGAACAGCAAGUAUCGUUGCUAAUAAGGGAGGCGCAAACUGCUUAGUUAUCGAAAGGGAUCAUUUCAUGAGUUUUAUCGGCGAUUUGGAGCAUAUACGUGAAAAGGAUUACGGUGACAGAGCAAGAAAGGCCAUUGCUUUAUCUCGGUCAUCAAUCCCAAAAGUUUGCCCAAUUCGUCCUGAAUUUCAAAACAAAAAAGUAACGGAUUACCAACUUGUUGCAACGUUAGGAAUGGGUGGUUUCGGUCGCGUAGAAUUAGUGCACGAAAAAGGUAACCCGGAUCAAACAUAUGCAUUAAAAUAUUUGAUCAAAAAGCAUGUGGUCGAAACAAAACAACAAGAACAUGUGUUUAACGAAAAAAAGAUCUUGUUGGAGUUGGAUUCUUCGUUCAUCGUGAAGUUAUACCGAACGUUCAAAGAUAAGAAGCAUGUGUACCUUCUUAUGGAAGUUUGUUUAGGAGGGGAGCUCUGGACGAUUUUGCGGGAUAAGGAUAAUUUUGACGAACCCACAACAAAAUUUUAUAUCGCAUGCGUUGUUGAAGCGUUCGACUAUUUACGCAGUCGACGUAUCGUAUACCGUGAUUUAAAACCUGAAAAUUUAAUGAUGGAUAGUAUCGGUUACGUAAAGUUAGUUGAUUUUGGUUUUGCUAAAAAAAUUGAAAAUGGCGGCAAAACCUGGACAUUUUGUGGAACACCAGAAUAUGUAGCCCCCGAAAUUAUUUUAAACAAAGGACACGAUUGUUCAUCCGACUGCUGGUCGCUAGGGAUCCUAAUAUACGAGCUCAUGACCGGAAAUCCGCCAUUUAGUAGUUCCGAUGCUAUGAGUACAUAUAAUAUUAUUCUAAGAGGAAUAGACGCUUUGGAAUUCUCACCACUAAUCACGCGAAACGCACAAAUCCUUAUUAAGAAACUUUGUAAGGAUAAUCCGAUGGAGCGCCUUGGUAACCAAAAAGAUGGUUUUACGGACGUUCGUAAACACAAAUGGUUUCAGGGUUUCCAUUGGAGUGGUGUGCGAAGUCGAACUUUAAAACCGCCAAUUCAACCGAAAAUAAAAGGACCUCUAGACAACUCAAACUUUGAUUAUUUUUCACCAAGCAAGGAUUCUCCUCCGGAUGAAAACUCAGGAUGGGAUAAAGACUUCUAAUAUAUAAGCGACUUUUUAAGAAAUUCCGCUUAGAAAAGCACUCUUAUUUAUAACAUGUAAAGCUAAUUUUUAUUUUAUUUAAUAGAACAACUAAAUUCCUUUUUC